ACUCAUUCGUUCAUUUCAUUCAAAGGUUUUGUUUUGUUGAAUUUUCGGAGCUGAUAUAGCUUUGAAAAUCCAUAUUAAUCCUGCUGUUUUAUUAGUGAAAUAUCAUUAAAAGAUAAUCCACAAUGGCUCCGAAGGCUGGAGGUGAUUCUGCUAAGGUUAAUUCAUCUGUGUACAAGGAUAAAAGCAAACCAACCGACAUACGCCUAAGCAAUAUAAAUGCCGCAAAAGCCGUAUCUGAUGCAAUUCGUACAAGCUUGGGCCCUCGGGGCAUGGAUAAAAUGAUCCAAGCUGCUAAUGGUGAAGUCACUAUAACAAAUGACGGAGCUACAAUCCUGAAGCAAAUUAGCGUUAUCCACCCUGCUGCUAAAAUGUUGGUGGAGCUUUCUCGUGCUCAAGAUAUUGAAGCUGGUGAUGGUACCACCUCCGUUGUGGUGAUUGCUGGAGCUCUGUUGGAUGCUGCUGAGAAACUUCUACAGAAAGGCAUCCACCCAACUGUGAUCUCAGAUGGAUUCCAGAAGGCUUUGCAGAUGGCUUUACAGGUGGUUGAGGGUAUGGCAACCCCAGUUGAUUUGAACAAUGAGGAUGCUCUGCUGAAGGCAGCUGCUACCUCUCUGAACUCCAAAGUCGUGUCCCAGCAUUCUACAAUCUUGGCUCCUAUUGCUGUGCAAGCUAUUCGUGCUGUAAUGGAACCCAUCCCUGGUGGAGUGGGCGCUCGAGUAGACCUUCGGGACGUGAAGGUAAUCGAGCGCGUCGGCGGCACUGUGGAGGACACGGAGCUGGUGCAGGGGCUCAUCAUCCCACACCGCGCCUCGAACGUUAACGGCCCGCAUCGCAUCGAGAAGGCUAAAGUCGGACUUAUCCAGUUCUGCAUCUCUCCACCCAAGACCGAUAUGGACCACAAUGUCAUUGUAUCAGAUUACGCUGCUAUGGAUCGUGUUCUAAAAGAAGAGCGUCAGUACAUUCUCAACAUCGUCAAGCAAAUUAAGAAAGCUGGCUGCAAUGUACUUUUAGUGCAGAAAUCUAUUUUGAGAGAUGCUCUUAGCGACCUGGCUAUCCACUUUCUGGAUAAAAUCAAGUGCAUGGUCAUCAAGGACAUUGAGCGCGAAGACAUCGAGUUCGUAUGCAAGACCCUCGGCUGCCGCCCCAUUGCCUCUCUCGACCACUUCACGGCUGAAAACUUAGUCAAUGUUGAUCUCGUGGAAGAGAUCAAUGAACCUGUCGGCAAAUACAUCAAGCUGACGGGAUGCGCGGGCGGCGGGCGCACGGUGUCGGUGCUGGCGCGCGGCAGCAGCGGCGCCGUGGUGGCGGAGGCGGCGCGCUCGCUGCACGACGCGCUGUGCGCCGUGCGCUGCGUGGCGCGCCGCCCCGCGCUGCUGCCUGGCGGCGGCGCUCCCGAGGCUGCCGCAGCGGCGGCUCUCGCCAAGGCUGCUAUCACAGCGCCCGGUGCCGAUCAUUAUUGUCUUCGCGCAUACGCUGAUGCACUAGAAGUCAUCCCGUCAACACUCGCGGAAAAUGCAGGUUUGAACUCGAUCGAGACAGUGACGGAGCUGCGUGCGGCGCACGCGGCGGGUGCGGAGGCGGGCCAUAGCGCAGGCGCCGGCGUCAACGUGCGACGCGGCCGCGUCACGGACAUGCGCCACGAGCACGUGCUGCAGCCGCUGCACGUCACAGCCUCCGCACUCGCACUUGCCACGGAGACCGUGCGCGCUAUACUCAAGAUCGAUGACAUUGUUAACACUAUGAAUUAGUUCUCUACAGGGAGUGGAUGUGUCACAAAGUAUUAACUUUUAGCAUGAUUGUGAUGCAGGGUUGCUUGAUCUUUUGAACAAGAAAAUAGAAGAAGCAAGCAAGUCAAACUUGAUUCUGUAUUUAUUAGAAAGUACUAAUUUGCUUACCAAAAUAUAAUGCCUUCACACAAUAUUUUCACUGGCAUUUUUAAUGGUAACGUCGUGUUAGCUAGGAUGCGAAAUUUAAGAUCUACUACACAAAUAGAUAAGUAUAUGGAGUACUAAAGUUUUAAUACAAUGAGUUGUAAUGAAACAAUGCCUUAGAAUUUGCUAGUUUAUUUACUUACAAAAUAUGUUAUUUGAAUUACUUUAAAUAAACACAUUAAUAACA